CGUGAAUUUUUGGGGAUUUCUUCUGUAGUAUAGUUCGAAAUACGAGUUGAUGUGCAGGGACGAUCGUUGAUGCACUUGGUCAUGACGUUUCAACUUCACACUUAUUAACCUAGCAAGCUCGGUGGAAUUCUAUGAAGUAGAAAAUGUGACGAACUGUAUAUCAGUCAAGGACCGACAUCACUUUGAUCAGGAUGUGAAGUUUUGAGAGAUAUAGAAAAGUUUCUGGAUCUGAACGACACUAAAAAUCUUCGGUUCUCCAUUUGCCAUCAUGCGCCUUCCCCGUACGCCGGGACCACCGGGGUGGAGCGGCUUGUGUUCCGUGGUUCUAAUUCUGCUGGUGUUGGUAUUUUGUUCGUCGGGGAGUGCUUGCUGUCUUGAAGAACAAGGCCCGACAACGGAUUGUUCUUUUUCACAUGGCCAGGAUUUUGUCGACUGUGAAAUUGCAGAGCGUGGCUACUUCUUUGACACCUGCCCCGAUGAAGGGAUAGCACCCCUCGAUGACUUACCAAGGCCGGUCGACCCAUUCAACAUAGAACCUUACUUCACCUCAUGCCCUCCUUCCAGCGAUUACAUGUACAAGGAGCCCCUGGCCGCUUCAUCCUGCCACACCCCUUGCAGUCAUGGCAACGGGACGGUCCAUGCUGGUCUCAAUAUCACUUUCAGAGCGGAUCCAUGGACUUCUGAGCAUUUGCAAGCCAUCACGAUCUCGCUGCGAAGUCAUUCAGACGUUCAUCACGUACACUGCAUCACAUUCCGAUUUAACGGAAAUGGACUUUCGCAGGCUGCAUUGGAACAGCAUGUGUUUUUCUAUGAUGGCUUCAUUGGUCUGGAACCAGGAGUAAGUUAUACAGUCAGGGCUUUAACUCUACCCACAAGGCGUCAGUGGGAUAACAGUGUAUCCAAACAAAUAAGAAUCCCUUGGGAGUCAUGUUGGGUACCAGACCUGAAAAUCCAUGAAACACCGUUUGCCGUCAAUUUCACCCUCUUCCAAGAUCUGAGCUACGGGUUCCAACGUUUUGAUGUCCAUCUUUACGAUGAUCCAUACAAUCCACGCUCUUUAAGUGUGGAUUUCAGUACUGCAGAUAUCUAUGAAAUGGAUGGGAAAAACGGCACGAACAUCCUCUUUGAGUGCAUAGAGCCAACAACAGCUAAACUGAAAUUAUAUGUUGCAUCUGAGGAGUGCCGGUUUUGUCAGUGGAACAAGAAUAAGAUUCAAGUUCAAGGCGUAGCACCGACAUUCACUAAUUGCCCAGAACAUGACAUCAUCAGAGAGGUUGAAAUGAGGAAACCAAUGAUUGAGGUGACUCCUGUCCGCUGGUUGCCGCCAACACCAGUCUUCCAGGGAAGUUGCGGGACUGGCUACAACAGUUCUCGUGAUCCAGAUAACACUGCCUUCCGAGUUGGGACGACUACUUCCAUCAGGAACGUGGCAUGGCAGUACUCAUCAGUGUCUGAAUGCACCUUCAAUGUCGAAGUCAGGGCAGUCGAUACUACUCCACCCAAAAUCAUCUGUCCUGAUAACAUGAGCAUGUACGGUGACCCCAAGAGUAAAACAUUUCAAGUCAGUUGGCGUAAACCAUCAUUUUACGACGCUUCGGACACAGUUCUGACCAUUGUUACUCCCGAUAUACCUUCCAGCCAAACCUGGUAUAACUUUCCUGUGUUUGUGAAUACUACAGUGAAGUACCAGAUAACAGAUGCUUACAAUAAUGUGGCAUCCUGCAAGUUCUUCGUGUAUGUGAAAGGUGAUACGGAUCCUCCACAUAUACUGUAUUGCCCACGAAACGUUAUCAUGAAUGGACAACCCAAGAUGAAAAGUGCAGAAAUCCACUGGGACAAACCCCAGUUUGAUGACACAUCGGACACGGUCAUGACCAUUGUCACUCCCAAUAUUCCCAACGAUCAGACCUUCUUUAAGUUUCCUGUGGGUGUGAACACCACCGUCAAGUACAAGAUAACAGAUGCCUACAACAACACAGCACACUGUAGCUUCUCUGUUUAUAUCAAAGAGACCCCAGCUGCCUCCCCACUGGUGAUUACAUUAUCUUGUCUAGCGGGAGUUCUGCUCAUUGUGGUUGUGCUGGCCCUUGUGUGCGCAAAAAGAUAUAAAGGCAUGAAACCAAAAGAAACAGGAUCCGAAGAGAAACUUCAGCCAAGUGAAAAUGAAGUCACAUUCAUUCGUGUAGACCCUCACAAACCCAAUGGUGUUGAUUUGGACACUCUCAUUGAUUAUUCUGAGAGUCAGCUGUCAAUAGACAGGAGUUGCAAAAACAUCUACCCCUCCCAGGGACCCCCUGAACGCCGUAGAUCUGUCCCCGAACUCUCCUCCGGAUUUUGUGAAGGUAGCGACGGGCGGGGUGUACAAAGGGCAGGUGAAUUUAUUCCCAGCUUUGGACACCCUUAUCUUGAGAGUGUGGCGGAGGAAGAGAGGGAUCGUCUAGUGUGGAGGCCCAACGAGGAGGAUCGAUCCUCCAAUGGAUCAAGGUAUUCAAGGUAUUCAAGCUCCUGCUCCAAUGAGUCACCGGCCUCACAGGAAUCCACUUGUUGAUCCUGCUAACAUCCAUGAACAAGUCCUGUUGCAGAGAAAGCAGUAUGGUGUGAACAAUGGAUAGUACUGACACGUCACGGGCGUCUCAUAGUAUUCAAGCAGAAAUGUUAGUUUUACAAUCCUGUCAGGGUACUCUUCUUUCAGAUGAUUCACAUGAACAGGUCCGGUGUAUGUACUCUACAAUGCCACGUAAAGACUCUAUGAUUAAUAUGUUCAGUCAGCUCGUUCGAUAUACACAGGCUCAGUCUCGGCCUCCGAUAGGAUUUAAAAAAAAAAACAGAAUCCUCUUUUAUCAAAGCUUGAUUAUCCAAUGUCCUGAAUGAGCACGAUAGAAUUACAAAGCGAGAAUAAAAUCAACCGGGUCUCCAUGUUUCUGAGCAGGUCUCCAACAUGGUAGAACAAAGUUGAGAGAUGAGAUUCUCCAAUCGAAUGGACAUUCAAUAUUGGGACCAACACAUCACAGUAUUCAAGAGCCUGUGGUGAUUUCAUCAUCAUCUUGUCACAUUGGAGAAAGAAUGACCAAUUCAGGAACCAGUGAAGUCUUCUUUUUCAUGAACUGUGUGUCUUUGGAGAAUAAUUUGCAAGAUUGUCAGUAUCGGAGGAGAAAUGUAUAUGGAAUAUGACCGAUUUAAAAACAAUCGGGUCCACUUGUUUCUGGACAGGGUAUCUGCAUAGGAGAAUAACACUUUACUUUUUUUUAAACUCUCAUUUUGUAGACAGUAGGCCUAUAGGGGAAAAAAACUAGUAUUAUGAAAUAUUCAAUUGUUUCUAUAAAGCAGGAUGGCAGUGUUGGUGAGUGUUUUUUUUAAAAUUUAAUUUCUUUGUUGUUGUAAAUGGAUUAAUGAGAAUGAAUUAAAUUUUAUUUUGAAUUCAUUAAGAGUACUUGUUUUCUUUUCCUCAGUAAUUUAGUUGAUAGGCAGAAAACUGAGCACUUAGAAACAUCCGUAUUAAGCACCCUACAAAUCUUAUAAUUAUCAUAUUGUUAUUAAUGAAAACUCUUGUUUUGCAUUAUUUCUUCUGCUGUUAGCUUUCACUCGGACUAGUUGCUGACACGAGGACCUGUAACACAAAGCUUUGCAUUCGAUUGUAAAUUUUGAACAAAGAAAGUGAUUGGUAUAGUUUUAUCGUAAGGGCAUGCACAGCCUGUUUCAUGUUGUUCCACUAGUCAUUUGCGAGUCUGCAUCAGGGACCUGUUUCAUAAAGGACUUACAACUCUUACUUUACCAUUAUAGCAAUUACCAUGGUAACGGGGCAAUUAAAGCCAAUCGCUAUCAAGGUUUCUUUGGUAGGUGCCAUAAUGGUAAGGUUGCCAUACUUGGAACCCUUUAUGAAACGUGCCCCAGGCAUUGUCAGACUAAGCCAAGUGAGAUAGCAGCAUUACAUAACUGUUACUGGGCAGCAAAAUGAAUUCCACUCUCCAUGAUAGACAUAACCUCUUACCAUGCAGCUCUUUGUGAUAUUUGACACUAUUACCCUUUCUUGUACUUCUCGAAUAUCUCUUUACUUUUAUGUUUUGCUCUCUUCUAAGCGCCUUGA